AAACGAUGCUAAGUGAUGCUGAAGUCUCCGUCAUUUAUGAAAAUGUCAAAACGUUGGGGUAGCGAUUAUGUGGUCGCCGAGCACCGGGAUUUGCAGGCGAAUACCAUGGCGGUUGAUACAACCGGGAGCUUCGUUCUUCUGGCCGGGCGAAGAUGCUUUGCCGUCAAGCACCUGGACGAAGGCACGGAUACCUUGCGAAAGUUCCAACGCCAGAGCAAGUACGAAGUUGGCUCUGCCGAGUGGAAUCCCAACCCUCAGAAUUCUCAUCUCUGUGCUAUAUCCAGUAACAACAGAGUUGAAAUACUCAAUUUUGUCGGCGGAGAUGGACGUGACCUGACGACGACGCAUAGCCUCAGAGCCCAUACGCGUGUUGUUAGUGACUUAAACUGGCAUCCUACUGAGCCUGACAUUCUCGCCUCUUGCAGCAUAGACACAUUCAUACACAUUUGGGACAUUAGAGAUCAGCGUAGGCCCUGCUUGUCACUCUCUGCCGUUGCUGGAGCAUCUCAGGUCAGAUGGAACUGUCUGUCCCCACACAUUGUGGCUACCGCGCACGAUGGCGACAUUAAAAUAUGGGAUCAGAGAAAAGGGAACAGUCCAAUGCAGUACAUAGCUGCUCAUUUAACUAAGAUACAUGGUCUGGACUGGUGUCCUUUUCAACAAAAUCAGUUGGCAACGUCUAGUCAGGACUGUACAGUGAAAAUAUUUGAUGUCAGUAAUCCACGAAGAGCAGAAAGUAUUUUAACUACAAGUGCACCCGUGUGGAGAGCCAGAUAUACGCCAUUUGGGGAAGGUCUGGUUACGAUAGUUGUACCACAGCUCAGGCGAGGGGAAAAUAGCUUGUUACUGUGGAACACCUCGAAUCUUACAGCUCCAAUUUAUACGUUUAUAGGGCACACUGAUGUUGUGCUCGAGUUUCAGUGGAGGCAUCAGAAAAAAGUACCCAAUGACUUUGAAUUGAUAACUUGGUCCAAAGAUCAGUGCCUGAGAAUUUUCAAAAUCGAUCCAUUCCUACAAAAGCUAUGCGGACACGAUUUGGAUGAUGGAACAUCUGUCUAUACUCCGUACACAGAAGACAAUAACCUGAGGACAUUACGUUCUAUGCAACAGCUCGAGCUUCAAGAUACACCGAACGACAGAGAAAUUAAUUUUGUCAUGUCGAAAAUUGAUGGAGGUAAAACGGGCACCGAGUCAAUCACUUACUCAACAAGCGACAAAGAUAUUUUGUCACCGACUCAGCCAAAAACGUUACAGCAAGAAUUUUCAUUGAUCAACAUGAAUAUUCCAAACAUUGAGGUGAAUGCUAUGGAUGCGGAGCAACGAAGCUGUACAGUCACAGCGUCAAAUAAAAAUUACAACGUUAUAUUGAAAGUAAACUUUCCUGGUAAUUAUCCAUACAACGCAUCACCGACCUUUCAAUUCUGUCCUGGAACAACCAUAGACAAUACAGCGAUGGCUAAGCUCUCGAAGGUACUGAAGCAAACGGCCCAACAACGAGUUAGAAAGAAUCGAUCCUGCCUAGAGCCGUGUUUAAGACAGCUAAUUACAACUUUGGAGCAGAUGUGUGUUAGCGACGAGACUGAGGGUAAACAUUUGGGAUACAGGAUGCCGCAUAGUGCCAACUUUCUCAAUACGUCCGGUGCCAUAUUUCCAAACUACCAGGAUACUUAUAUUCCUUUCCCACGGACUUCUGGUGCUAAAUUUUGCUGCGUAGGAAUACUAGUUUGUUUCGGUCGAACGCCAUACGCCAGAAGACCGUCCAUAAAACCGGAAAGCGUAACGCCGCGAGCUCUCUCCGCAUUGGGAUCGGGAGUCGGUAACAGUAGUCAUUUUCCCCAUGUAUAUCCGGCUUAUUCGCAACCAAACACAGCUGACAACAUAUCUAUAAGCUCAUUCUACUUUCACGAACGGAGAGGGUCCAGACGUAGUUUGCACGCGCCAACCAGGCUCCACUCAAAAACACCUAAUAAAAAUCAUCCGAUGGUUACAAUCUAUGACGCCUCCUCAUUGUUCUUUGUUAAUAAAGAACUCGCUGAAAAGUACAUCAUCAAUAUUACGGACAUCCCUGGAAUGUGUCAGUAUAACGCUGGAGUGGCAGCUUCGCUCGAACGACCCGACCUCGUUCAAGCCUGGUGCCUGGCCGCACUCGUCAUAUCGCAGCCGAUGUCCUCCAGCCUCUCUUCAAACGAUAUCGAAACUCCGUGGCCCUUGCAUCCAUUUGGUCAAAACUUGAUCCAUUCUCUUAUACAGCAUUACGCCAGCCAGUCUGACAUACAAAUGGCAGGUAUGCUGAGCUGCACAUUUACUUAUCGUUCUGAAAAUCAAGAUGUCAGUCAGGGACGUGCAGUGAGCAAGUCUGUAAACGUCAGUAGGCUUUCCACUGGGAAAUGGUGGCAGAAGCCUGGCGGCUCCCCGUAUCACACGAUACAUCCUGCAGAUACAACGCUCGAGGGAUGGAAUUUUCAGAAUCUCAAACAACAUAGGUCAAAUUCGUGGUCAGAAUCUCUUGAUGACCUCAAAUUCGUUCAGGAAACAUUGGGUGAUCCCGUCCGGAACAUCAGGUUUCUUGACGAAAAAAAUACCGCCCUCUACGAUAGCUAUAAAAAAGCAUAUGCCGAAGUCCUGCACAGUUGGAGGCUGCUUGAUGCUAGGGCCCAGGUACUAAAACACGUCAGUGUACCGCCGAUCGAUUCCCACAAGGCUGUAGAGUUCCAAAUUGAAUGUUAUAUCUGCAAUAAAUCUAGUCGUGGUCCACAGUGCAACAAUUGCAGGCAGUUGGCAUUUCAAUGUGCCAUAUGUCACAUAUCCGUCAGAGGACCCAGCAACGUCUGCGUAGUUUGCGGACACGGAGGUCACACCGAACACCUGGCCGCUUGGUUUACAACCAAGACACUAUGUCCGACAGGCUGCGGAUGCUACUGCCUCAACGAGAGCACUAGCCUUAUGAAAAUUUAAUCGCCAUUAUACUGUUACAUCGCAACCACACCCCAAUGUAAAAGUAAUGUAGUCUCAAAACAAUUGACAUAUUUUCAUCGCAUCUUAUUUAUACAAACCAUGCACAGGAUAACCUAAUGGCAAACAGUGGAAAGGGGGGAUUUUGAACAAGUUCCCCACUUUCUCUAUACUGACCAUUUGCUUCCUCGGCUUGGUUUGUAUAAAAUCGGUAUCGUUUGAACAUGGCAAUUAUAAGUUAAGCGAAACAGUUCUGGGCAUAUAUUACUAUUGUAUACAUAUGUAUGAUUAUUGCGGAUGAAAAAAAAAGAUUAGGAUCUCGACGACGACCACGGGCUACAAAAUAUAGAUAGGCAUCGAAUUAUUA